UCCCUCCGGUACACUGAUGAGCUUCUAUUCAAUUCAGUACUGUAUCAUAUAUCUGCUGAAUUUUGUCGCAUUGAAUUAUAAUUCUGGGUGGUAAUUUGCGUUGCGCGUACUUGGAGUCCUUGGUAGACAAUGCCCCUCCGACUCUACCCCGCGGUCCCGGCCGACGCCGGCCGUAUUUCUGAAAUACACAUGGCAGCCUUCGCUGAUAAUGCCAUGCUCCUUGCCCAGUUUCCCACACCUGAAGUGCGUGCGGGGCUAAAGGAGAGCAUACGGAUGAAAGCCCUUGCGGAUAUUAGCGACGCGAGAGUUUCCGUGCUUGUUGUCCGGGAACUUUUAUCCGAUCCAGGCUCAUCGAAUACGACAGGCGCAGAAGGUGAUGGCAAUCAAUGCCCUGGGGUCGUUGGAGAGGGGGAAAUGGAGGAGAGUGCACCACAAAGAAUCAUUGCUUUUGCUAAGUGGUCGCAUCCCGUGAGCGAACAUGAGGAUUACGAAGAGCCGGCUUGGGUAUGGCCCGCGGGAACGAACAUGAAGAUCCUGAACAGUUGGGUUAAGGCCGCCGAGGAGAGCCAGGAUGAAGUGGUCGGUGAUCGCCCAUGUUAUCGUCUUACCUUCAUGGGAACAGACCCAGCGUAUGAACGGAGGGGAGCCGCUUCGAUGAUGGUCAACUGGGGGUUAGAACAAUGCAACAAGGGCGGUGUUCCAGGCUAUUUGGAGAGCACAUUAGAGGCUGCACCGUUUUAUGAGAAGAUGGGCUUCGCGGCUUCUGGGAAGAUUUCGAUGAGAUACCUAAUCGAGGGCCAGGAACAGUCUGCGAUAUAUGAGGAGAUUGCAUUUGUCUAUCGCCCAGGUUCAUCAUAGAAAGCGAUGACUGAGCACAAUAACCGCAGUGCUACUGCACACGGCAAUGCAAUUCUCGUACCAAUAAAGCCACUAAACGUGUCUCAUCCUACUUUCGGCUACAGACAGGGGUCGAUAUCUUGGCCUUCACUGCUCAGGUCGGUUGAGGGGGAUCUGGAAUGACAGCAUAUGUUACGAUCACAAGAUGCGACAGUCUCCUGCUUCUAGUAUUCUAUCACCUCGACGGGAAAGGCUACUCUGCUGGAAUUGAUAACUUGAAUCUUCCUCCAUCGAGUUUUCGACUUCAUUAUGAGGCGACUUCGAAGGCCGUUGAAGUGAGGCAAUAGUGAAGGCAGUCUAUUGCCUGAUAUCUAUAGUGCCCUUAACCAUAUGGAUACCUGAAAACUGAAGCACAGUGAUCAUAACUGCACUUGAUGGAACAAUCAACUUUCGAAGUUACCUUCACAGG